AUGGAAAUUUGGAAAAAAAUCUUCCUAUCUAUCUUUCUGUGCCUUGCUGCUAACUCAUCACCUCCAUCUUACUCUCUAUUCUCUACUAUCUCUCUCUCUCACACACAUACUUGCAGACAUCAUCUUUCUCACUCUCUUCUCAUCUUCUCCCUCUAUCUCCUUUUUUCCUCUCUGUUUAUUUCUCAAAAUCACUCACUCUUUCUUCUCCUAACUCCCUUUCUCUUUCUGUUCGUUUACUCACCCCCCCACUCCAUUCAGCUUUCUCCUUCUCUUCUCCUCCUCUGUUACUCCUUGUAUCUCCCUCUCUCAUCCUACCUCUUUAUGCACUUCCAUCAUUGUCACAUACUCUUUUUUUUCCUCUUCUAUUGUACUUUAAUUCUUCUUUUCUUUUCGCUAACAUUGUGCCUGCUGUUCAUAUUUUCUGGCCUCUCUCUAUAUCUUUUCUUCUUCUUUCUUUCUUUCCCCUCCCUCUGUUCUUAUUUAUUGAACUCUCUAUGUAUAUUUUCCUUUUCAGCUUCUUUCCUUCAGUUGUACCCUUUCUGUUUUUCUGAAGUCUGUAUGUCUUUCUUUCCCCCUUUACAUUCACCUUUUAUCUGUGUCAUUCAUAUUUUUUGCCUUCUAUUUUUUUUCAUUUCAACUUUUCCUUUCUUUUUACUUUCUUUAUGUUUUUUUUCCUUUAUUCAUUUCUUUCUUCCUAUAAGAGUACUCUACUUCAUAACACUUUUUCCUUCAUUCCUUUCUUUCUUCGUUCCUUACAUUCUUUCUUUCUUUUAUUCUUCGUUCCUUACAUUCUUUCUUUCUUUCUUCGUUCCUUACAUUCUUUCUUUCUUUUUUUCUUUCUUUCUUUCUUUCUUCAUUUCUUACGUUCUCCAUUCCUUACUUUCUUUCUUCAUUUCUUACUUCCUUUCUUUCUUCAUUCCUUCCUUUCUUUCUUUCUUUCUUUCUUCAUUUCUUUCUUUCUUCAUUCUUUACUUUCUUCCUUUCUUUCUCCUUUCUUUCUUUCUUUCUUUCUUCAUUCUUUCCUUUCUUUCUUUCUUCCUUUCUUUCUUUCUUCAUGUCUUUCUUUCUUUCUUCAUUCCUUUCUUUCUUUCUUUCUUCAUUCCUUACUUUCUUUCUUUUUUCUUCAUUCCUUACAUUCUUUCUUCAUUUCUUACUUCCUUUCUUUCUUCAUUCCUUUCUUUCUUUCUUCAUUCAUUACUUUCUUUCUUUCUUCAUUCUUUACUUUCUUCCUUUCUUCCUCCUUUCUUUCUUUCUUUCUUCAUUCCUUACAUUCUUUCUUUCUUCAUUCCUUACAUUCUUUCUUUCUUCAUUCCUUUCAUUCUUUCUUUUUCUUUCUUUCUUCAUUCCUUACUUUCUUUCUUUUUUCAUUUCUUACUUUCUUUCUUCAUUUCUUUCUUUUUUUCAUUUUCUUCAUUUCUUUCAUUCCUUUCUCUUCCUUUCUUUCAUUUCUUUCAUUUUUCAAGAGCUUUUUUUCAUACUUUCUUUUUCAUUUCUUCAUUUCAUUCCUUUUCUUCCUUUCUUUUUUUUUCUUUCUUCUUUCUUCAUGUCUUUCUUUCUUUCUUUUUCUUUCUUUCUUUCUUUCUUUCUUUCUUUCUUUUUUCAUUUUUUUUCUUUUUUUUUUUCUUUCUUUUUACUUUUUCUUUCUUUUUUUAUUUUUUCUUCAUUUCUUUUUUUUCUUUCUUUUUUUUUCAUUCCUUUACUUUCUUUUCUUUUUUUCUUCAUUCCUUCUUUCUUUCUUUUUUUUUUUCAUUCCUUUCUUUCUUUCUUUUUUCUUUUUCUUUUUUCUUUCUUUUUCUUUUUUUUUUUUACCUCAUAUUUUUCUGA